AUGGAUGGCUCUUGUGAAUAGAAAGAGGAUCUUGAAGAACUAUUCAUCUAAGUUAAAAAUGUAGAUGAAAAAAUCUUUAGUGCCUUAGUUGAAAUGUUUAGACAAGAGGAUAUUUAAGAGUAUCUUUCAGAUGAUCAAUAGAAAAAUCACGGCGAUUAAUAUUUUUUAUAGGGUUUGAAUUUAACAUAAAUAGAAAGAGAAUAGUAGUUGAACAAUUUCAAAAAUAGCUUUCAAAAAGUUUUUAAUGUGAUUUAAAAAAUAAAAAGUCACGACUUUAACAAAAAUGACUAUUCCAAUUAAGAAAAUUUUGAAUGUAGAUAAAAUCUAAUUAAAAAAAUAAAUGAUGAUAAGUAGAUCAUAGAACUUUUGAAACUUUUAGUUUAACUUACAGCCAAAGAUGAAAAAUUAAUAUAAUGUGGAUCAAAUUCGCUAAACUUAUUAGUUGAGAUGAAGGUGGAUCUGGUUAAAUAAUCACUUGAAAAAAUAAGAAUUAGGAAUACAUCUCUAAUCGGAGGAAGCUUCGUCAGAUGCAAUUUGAGUGAAUCUGAAUUCGAGAAUGUAGAUAUAAGUGGGGUGAAUUUAAAUGGAGCAUUAUUAUACAAUUGCAAAUGGAAAAACAUGAAAAUACAUGAAUUAAAUAAAUUAGAUGGUCAUAGUCAAUAAGUCUUAUCAGUAUGUUUUUCACCUGAUGGUAAUACUUUGGUCUCCGGUAGUUAAGAUAAUUCAAUCCGAUUAUGGAAUGUUAAGACAGGAGAAUAAAAAUCCAAAUUGGAUGGUCAUACUAAUAAUGUUAAUACAGUAUGUUUCUCUCCUGAUGGUAGUAUAGUAUCAUCAGGGAGUGAUGAUCAAUCUAUCCGUUUAUGGGAUAUUAAGUCAGGGCUAUAAAUAUUUAGAUUGUAUGGUCAUAGAGAUAGGGUCAUAUCAAUAUGUUUUUCUUCUGAUGGUCGUACAUUAGCGUCUAGUAGUCAUGACAGAACUGUCUGUUUAUGGGAUGUUAAAACAAGAAAAAAAAAACUAAUAUUAGAAGGGCAUAGUGAUAGUGUACUCGCAGUAAGCUUUUCUCCUGAUGGUACUAUUUUAGCAACUGGUAGUGAAGAUUUCUCCAUUUGUUUAUGGGAAGUCAUGACAGGACUAUAAAAGUCAAUAUUAAUAGGUCAUGAUUAUGCUGUCUAUUCGGUAUGCUUCUCCCCUGAUGGAACGACAAUAGCUUCUGGCAGUUAAGAUAAUUCGAUCUGUUUAUGGGAUGUUAAGACAGGACAAUAAAAAUCCAAAUUGAAUGGUCAUGAUCGUAUUGUCGGUACUGUUUGCUUUUCUCCUGAUGGUAGUAUAUUAGCAUCUGGUAGCGAUGAUAGGUUAAUCUGUUUAUGGGAUGUUUAAACAGGAGAGUAAAAAUCAAAAUUAGUAGGCCAUGGUAAUUGUGUAAGUUCAGCAUGUUUUUCUCCUAAUGGUACUAUAUUAGCAUCUGGCAGUUAUGAUAAUUCUAUUAUAUUAUGGGAUGUUAAGAUAGGAUUAUAAAAACACAAUUUAGAUGGUCCAAAUGAUGCAGUUCUAUCUGUAUGCUUCUCUCCUGAUGCUACUUCAUUAGCAUCUGGUUGUUCAGAUAGCUCUAUCCAUUUGUGGGAUGCUAAAACAGGACGAUAAAAAUUAAAAUUGAAUGGUCAUAAUAAUGUAGUAAUGUCAGUAUGCUUUUCUCCUGAUGGCUAGACUUUAGCAUCUGGCGGUGGUGAUAACUCUAUUCGUUUAUGGGAUGUUAAGAGUGGAUAAUAAAUAUCUAAAUUAGAUGGUCAUAGCGAAUGGAUUCAAUCAGUGCGCUUCUCCCCUGACGGUACUUUAUUAGCAUCAAGUAGUAAUGAUUUCUCUAUCCUUUUAUGGGAUGUUAAGACAGGAUAAUAAUAUUCUUAAUUAUACGGUCAUUAAUAAUGGGUUCAAACAAUAUGUUUUUCUCCUGAUGGUACCACAUUAGCAUCUUGUAGUGGAGAUAAAUCCAUCCGUUUAUGGAAUGUUAAGACAGGAAAAUAAAAAUCCAAAUUAUAUGGUCAUAGUAGUUUUGUAUAAACCAUAUGCUUCUCUUUUGAUGGUACAACAUUAGCAUCUGGUGGUAAUGAUAACGCUGUCUUCUUAUGGGAUGUGAAAACUGAGCAAUUAAUAUACGAUUUGAUUGGUCAUAAUCGAGGAAUCCUAUCAGUAUGCUUCUCUCCAUAUAAUACUUUAUUGGUAUCUGGGGGUUAAGAUAACUUUAUUUUAUUAUGGGAUGUUAAGACAGGGCAAUAAAUAUCCAAAUUAGAAUACCAUAAAAGUACAGUCUAUUAAUUAUGCUUUUCGCCUGAUGGUACGACAUUAGCAUCAUGUAGCCAUGAUAAAUCAAUCAGGUUAUAUGAUGUUGAGAAAGUGUUAAAAUAACCAAAGUUCCAUGGUCAUAGUAGUGGAAUAUUAUCAAUAUGCUUCUCACCCGAUAGUGCUACAAUAGCAUCUGGCAGUGAUGAUAAGUCUAUCCGUUUAUGGGAUGUUAGGACAGGAUAAUAAAAAUUAAAGUUUGAUGGUCAUAGUAGAGGAGUCUUAUCUUUAUGCUUUUCUCCUAAAGAUAAUAUAUUAGCUUCAGGUGGUAGAGAUAUGUCGAUCUGUUUAUGGGAUGUUAAAACACAACAAUUAAAGUACAAACUGGAUGGUCAUACUAAUUCAGUUUGGUCAGUAUGCUUUUCUCCUGAUGGAACUGCAUUAGCAUCUGGUAGUGUUGACAACUCUAUCCGUUUAUGGAAUCUUAAAAUACGACAAUUAAAAUUCAAAUUGGAUGGUCAUACUGAUUCAGUAUGGUAAGUAUGUUUUUCUCCAGAUGGUACUACAAUAGCGUCUAGUAGCAAAGAUAAAUCUAUCCGAUUAUGGAAUGUUAAGACAGGAUAAUAAAAAUUCAAAUUAAAUGGUCAUAGUAAUUGUGUAAAUUCAGUAUGCUUCUCUCCUGAUGGUAUUACAUUAGCAUCUGGUAGUGCGGAUAAUUCUAUCCGUUUAUGGAAUGUUAGGACAGGACAACAAAAAUAAAUGUUAAAUGGUCAUAGUAAUUAAAUCAAUUCAGUAUGCUUUUCACCUGAUGGUUCUACAUUAGCAUCUGGUAGUUCAGAUAAUUCUAUUGUUUUAUGGAAUGUUUAGACAGGACAAUAACAAUCAUAAUUAAACGGUCAUAGUGAUUGUAUCAAUUCAAUAUGCUUCUCUUCAAAUGGUACUACAAUAGCAUCUUGUAGUGAUGAUAAAUCCAUCCGUUUAUGGAACUUUCAAACAAGAAGUGAAAUAAAAUCCUCUGAUAAUAUAUAUAAAGAUAUUCAAGGAUAUAUCAAAACUCCGCUUUUUUAAUACAAUCAUUUCCUAGAAAAAGUAAAUACUAAUAUCCCUAUUCUACUGAUAUCUCAAACUCUAAUAUUUCAAAUCCAAAGUGCUUUGAUUUUAUAAGGAGAAUUUUCUAAUUAUUUGGGUUUAGAUCUCCUAUCAUUAUUCAAAUCCAAAGGGAGUUAUAUUUUAGAUAAUUAAAUAGAAUUAAAUAAAACUAAUAAUUGA